CGACACGACCUUUGCUUGACCCUGUCGUUAUCGACGGCGACUACCAAGAUUUUCCGAACACUAGUUCACCUCCUGCAUCCAACAAGGAUUUUCAGGCGUCGCCAGCAGGGUCGGACAAAUAUCAUAUGGACGAUAUUAUUCCAGAAACUCACGAACAUCGUACUCUUGUUCUAUGUUUCGAUGGAACCGGAGAUCAGUUCGAUGCUGAUAACUCCAACAUCAUCCAGUUCUUUUCGAUGCUGAAGAAAGAUGAUAUGAGUCAACAGAUGGUUUACUAUCAGGCCGGUAUUGGGACAUACACUAUACCGGAGAUCGCAACUCCUUUCAUGGCCGGUUUAUCAAAAACUUGGGAUAUGAUGGUUGGAGUUCAUCUCAAUGCCCAUGUUAUGGGCGGAUACGAGUUUUUGAUGCAGAAUUAUCAAGCUGGUGACAAGAUCUGUAUCUUUGGCUUUUCUCGGGGGGCAUACACCGCUCGUGCUCUGGCUGGAAUGAUUCACAAGGUCGGACUUCUUCCUGUGUGCAAUCAUCAACAAGUUCCUUUUGCAUACAAUAUGUAUUCGCGUGAUGACGAAACUGGCUGGAAACAAAGCACAGCGUUCAAGCGUGCCUUCUCGAUCAAUGUUGAAAUCGAAUUCGUUGGUGUGUGGGAUACUGUCAGUGCUGUAGGACUAAUACCUCGCCGUUUGCCGUUUACGAAAGUGAGCGACAAUAUCAAGUACUUCCGACAUGCAAUAUCACUGGACGAGCAUCGCGCUCGCUUCAAUCCGAACACAUGGAGCCAUCCAACGGAAAAGGAUAAAGAGCUAGGCGUCAAGCGUCAUGAGAUGCCACGCAGUAAGAAAGUCCAUCACAAGGCCAACCUACAUGACCUUGAACGCCGAUAUUCUGAGGACACUGAUACGACUACCGACGUCGAGGAGGUGUGGUUUUCGGGAUGUCAUACUGAUGUCGGAGGUGGAUCAGUCGUCAAUGGUACACGUUACAGUCUUGCACGUAUCCCUCUUCGUUGGAUGCUUCGCCAGUGUUUCUUGGCCAAAACUGGCAUUCUCUUCCACAAGUCUAUAUUCCCCAAAGUCGGGCUUGACCCCGAUAGACUUUACCCAGAGGUCCUUCCACGACCGCCUCCAUUAUAUCAGAGUCCUGCUUGCCGCUCUCCCCCGCUCAAGGUACCUUGGGUGGUGACGGACGAUCGUACGAUGGUAACCUACAGUGAUGGUGGGGAGUUCGUGAACGAAGAGGACGAAGACCUAGCAGAUGCGCUGAGUCCGCAUUACGACCAACUGGUACUCCUGAAGGGGUGGUGGAUACUUGAAGUCCUUCCACAGAAAAAUCACUACCAGAAGGACAACGAUAAUUCUUGGACACAGGAGUAUCAAAUAAACAUGGGUGCUGGACGGCACAUCCCGAGACAAAAGAAGGAUGGAGUCAAGUUCCAUAGAACUGUCAAGAUUCGCAUGGAGGCAGAAGGGCUGAAAGAUGGCAAAUAUUGGCCUAAGGCUAAGUUGAAGGUCGAACCCAAAUGGGUUGACUAGCCUUGAUUGCAUUGGAAAAUAUGUGACAGGACCUCGCGGAUUAAGUUGACGGCUCGAUAUCCAUAGCUGCAUUUCGUCUCGUCCCAGUUCGUGUUUUCUUCUAUUCAUGUUAUUGUAUCAGUUCCCUUGUUAUUUUACUUUAGUCUGCUAGGAGACCAACCUUUGUAUAUCUUGCUCAUAAUAUCCAUAACUUCAUCCUUAAGUUGAA